GUGCCUCAUAACUUUCUCCGUGCAGAAACGCACGAUCUCCCAAAUCGUCUUGCCCCCCGACAACACCCCUUCUGCCGCUGCAGCUAUCAUGUCAGAGAGGAUUGAAGUAUUGGUGCGACAACCUGUGUUUCAUAGUAAUCGACUGUAAAGAGUACCUUUUACAACCAAAUACGGAAGCUGAACUCCUGUGUGUACAGUUAACUAGCUAUGUUAGCAAGCAAGGGAGUCAUCGACUCCAAUGUUUGUUAGCUGUUGAUGAAGAGGUGCUUUCAAAAACCUAACGUCAACGUUUGCGUAGCCAUUUAUGUUUCUUAUCUUGAUAUCGGAACGUAAGCUAUUGAUAGCUUCUCACGAUGAUUUUUAAGAAAAUCCCAUCAGUUUGGACCUCUCGGGCCAUCUUCAGGAACUACUACUCCGUCUCACCUCAGCCGGUACCGCCUUUGGCUCAAACGUUGGAGCGGUAUCUGCGAGCCCUGGAGCCCUUACUCCCCCCUGACGAGCUGACCCACACCCAUAAGAUGGUCCUGCAGUUCGGUAAAGAGGGAGGCCUGGGCAUCAGACUUCAGGAAGGGCUUGAGAAUAGGGCCAGACACUCCCAAAACUGGAUAUCAGACUGGUGGGUGCACUGGGCCUACCUGGAGAGCCGUCAGCCCCUCGCAGUACACUCCAACCCGGCCAUCUCUCUGCCCAAACGGGACUUCUCAGACUGGAGGGGCCAGCUUGUGUUUGCUUCCAAGCUGAUUGCAGGGGUGCUGGAUUUCAAAGCCAAAAUUGACAGUGGUCGUAUGCCAGUGGAGUAUAUGCGGGGUCAUCCUCUGUGUAUGGAGCUCUUCCCUCACCUCUUUUCCUCCUGUCGUAUCCCAGGCCCCAAACACGACCAUGUGGUUCACCACGGUCGCUCACGCCGCGGCCCCGCACAUAUCACUGUGGUCCGCAACUACCAGUUCUUUCAGCUCGACGUGUAUAACAGCGACGGCACACCGCUGACCGAGAGCCAGAUCCACGGGCAGCUGGUCCGCAUCCGCUCCCAGUCCUGGAAGACGGACAAGGAGCCCAUGGGCAUCCUGACCAGCGAGCAUCGCCACACCUGGGGUCAGGCCUACAACCGCCUGCUCAGAGAUAAGAUAAACAAGGAUUCUGUGAGGCUGAUUGAGAAAGGUGUCUUCACGCUGUGUCUGGACUCUCCCGUCAUGAGGAUUUCAGAUGAGAAGUACUCUAGUCGUAUGGCAGCUCAGAUCCUCCACGGUGGUGGCACAUAUUCCAACAGUGGAAACCGCUGGUUUGACAAAACUCUACAGUUUGUAGUGGGGGAGGAUGGAUCAUGGGGGCUGCUGUAUGAGCAGGCCACUGCAGAAGGCCCUCCUAUAGCCAGUCUGCUGGAUCACAUACUGAAAUUCUGUAAAAAGACAGAUAGAAGGAGAUCUCCACUAAUUCCUCUCCCUAUGCCAAAGAAACUCUAUUUCUACAUUGACCCAGAGAUCAAGUGGGACAUCGAGAUGGCCAAACAGAACCUAGACAUUCUUAUCAACGACCUGGAUAUAAAUUGCUUCAAUUUCAAGCGCUUUGGUAAGGAGUUUGCUAAGCAGCUAAACCUCAGUCCCAAUUCACUCAUCCAGGUGGCUUUGCAACUUGCCUAUCAAAGGGUUCAUGGAGAGCUGUGUGCUGCCUGUGACAUCGCCUCCCUCAGGAUGUUCAGGGGAGGACGCACUGACUACAUCCGCUCCCCCACCAAUCAGAGUCUUAAGUUUGUGCUGGCUUUCGAUGACCCUGAAGUCUCGAGAGAAGCAAAGGUGGAAUUACUAAGAGAAGCCACGGAGGCCCACACACAACUCACUGAGCAGGCAUUACUGGGGCAAGGCAUUGACCGGCACCUGCUGGGCCUGAAGCUUCAGUCCAUCGAGGAGGGCCUGAGCGUGCCCAGGAUGUUCAUGGACACAGCCUAUGGGUUAGCUACCCACUGGAAGCUUCGCACAGGACAGGUACCUUCAAACACAGACAGCGUAAUGUGCUUCGGGCCGCUGGUCCCCGACGGCUACGCGGUGUGCUACAACCCCCAGUCGGACCACGUUCACUUCUCCAUCACGGCCUUCAACUGCUGUGAGGAGACCAAUGCAGAGAAACUGGCCGUUACCUUGGAGAACACGCUAUGUGACCUCCAAGAGUUGCUGGAGCCCAGUGUGUAAACACUCCACUGGAUCUGCGAGUUACUCAGUAAUGUGCCCCAUCCACUCUUUUUUUUUUUUCCCAAGAAAAAGCUACGGAUGGGUUGGGCUGCCUUUAUUGGUCUUGAUCUGAUUCAUUCUAAAUGCUUUUAAAGGACCGUGGCACUUAUGUGGACUCAGAUGAGCCUGUGUAACUACUUCUGAUUUAAACACUGAUUAGAGGAAACGGAAAGAAAGACGAGGCAGUCAGAGACGCCAUGCAUAUCUGAGUGAGGGGAUGAGAGAUGGCUACCGUGAUGCCUUAGAUAUCUGUCAUUUCCAGUGAACUCUGGGUUUCAGCUGGUUGUCUUGACAAAGUUUUCUGUUUUUUUUUUCUUAUUUCUCUUUGCCAAUAUUUUGAAUGAAUGCUCUGCAAAAAAAAUUCAAAUGUGUUUAAAGAUUGCUUGACUGAAUUAUAGGUGAACCUUACUUUUUUGAAGUUAAAACUACCAUUAUUCACAGGUGUAUGGUUAAUGUUUAAUAGGGACCAAAUCUUGUCUGGAGAUAAGGCUCUGUGAUUCCUUAUGUACCAGUAUUUCUUAUGUCCAGUAUAUUUGCAGAUGAACUUCAGCAUGAAUGAAAAAUGCAUUUUUUUCUGUGGCUCACUUGGAAUUUUACCUGAUAUAAAAUGAAUGGAUAUAAAA